UAUAGAAAGGGAAAUUCGACAUAGCCAGUCGUGUGUUGAUGGCAAACCAUAACAUAUACUUUCUAGCGCCCCCACACUAAAACGACAUGUGGGCAACCAUUUUAUACCACAGGCACGUGCUAGCUCCUUGUUGAUGAAAGUGAACACAGAAGAUAUCGUAUCUUCUCAAAUAAAUUGAAACGGAAGCCAUCGCCAGCCUGACAGGAAAUUGCUGUAAACAAAACAUAAGAAGGAUGGGAUAUUUUUGUUAAAACAAAAAAUAGCCGAAUACGAUAUGGCGGGGCUUAAGGCAGCCCCUAUCCUCGUGAAAGUUUUCUUUUUGUGUUUGACGGCUGGAUUUUGGUUUCAUCUGAUAGGGUUUGCGACUUCUUAUUGGUCUCACAGUAAGUUCGUAACUGUGGGACUUUGGAAGGCCUGUUACCGUGGUUACGAGUGUACCAAGACCACUUACACUACAAGUUACUUUGAAGCGACCCAGGCGUUUGAGUCCCUGGCGUUAGUAGCCGGAUUCAUUGGCCUUCUCCUGCUCAUCUUUUAUAUUUUCAUCAACCAAUCGCCUUACAACAUCUCCUUAUACAUCGCCAGUCUCGUCGGCGUGGCGUUUGCAGCUUGCUGUGCAAUACUUGGUGUUAUCAUUUACGGAUGUAAAACGUCACUUCCGCUGUCAUGGUCGUAUGCUUUGGCUGUGGUCGGUGGAAUACUAUAUGGAAUUUCAGCCAUUCUUAUGGCUGUGCAUCUCCUUCAAAAGUGUUGAUAUGGAAAUAAGACAUGACUAUUUGUCUUCCAAGUGUUGAAAAGUGCUUUAAUCAUGUGAUUUAGUCCUGCAAUAGUGGCCUCGUAACAAUCAAAGGCGAUGCAGCGGUCGUGGAUACUAAUUUCCGGUGAAAUGUGGGCGCUGUUUAUUCUUCGUUGCGUUUUAGCUGUGACCGCAUUGAUAGCCUAUAGCAUGGCAUUCUGAAAUGUGAUUAUGUGAAAAAUAUAUGUGUAUUUAUUUUUAAAAAAAUUGUAUGUAUAUACAGAAUGCUUCAGUAUAUGACCAGUUGAAAUACUUUAAUUACUGAUAUAUUCUGAAACAAUUUUUUUCAUAUGUAUAUUGUAAUGUGAUUUGGUUUCAAACGAAAAAUAAGACUUACUUUUCUCAGUAAUUGGCGCCUGGCUGAUCUUUAUAUUGGAACAAACUGGAAUAUCCAUAAAAAAGACGCCCGAUCAGGAGAUUUAGAGGUGUUAACGCCCGAUCGAAGUGUCUAAUACAGGACGUCGGUGUGUGCCCGAAAUAUUAAGAUUAAGAUGUAAAAAUUGUUUAUACAUAUACUGCAUAAUUAUUGUUUUCAAAGGGGCUUCAUUUCACUACCAUUUUUGUUGUCCUUUUAACUCAUGAAUGAAUUUAAUAAUUAAUAAACGUUUACAAAUAUGAUAUCGUUUAAAAUCAUUAAGUGCAUUCUCCACGAAAUUAAUUGCCAAGUAAAAAAGUGAUAUUUUGAAACACCAUGAAAUUAGAGUUUCAAGAAAAUAUAUUCGUUCAUAGUAUCUAGAAAUUUUUUUGACAAUAAAAUUAUGAAUAUUAUAAAAAAAAAUGUUACAAACACAUAUUUCAGUAAGGAUUUUCUCUUCUUUUUCCGGAUUUGGACCCAUGUACGACAACUCUUAAAAGCAUUACAACUCAAAGUUGUAGAAAGGACAAAUAUUUUCUGUAAGCAGACAGUGUUAUCUCCCUUUUAUCGAAGUUACGACAUCACAUAAGCAGUUAGAAACAACAUUCAACGAAAUCUUCAACAUUUAAAACUGUAUUCGAAGGACAAGUAAGAGGACAAGUGUGAUUCCUGCAGUUGUUUUAAACAACAUGAAAUUAAUUUGAAAUAUCUCACAAUAUUCCACGUUUAAAUGCACUUAAUGGAAUGUCUUGAUGAAUAUAUUGUAAAUGAGACGGAUGCAUUUAAAAAAAAAGGCAUCACAGUUCUUAUACUAUAAAAUCAUAGGUGAAUCAUA